CAUAAAGAAGAUAAUAUAUAUAUUCCACUCGGUUAUAGAUCAUUCAACCCAGAAUAAGCCUUUCCUUUACCUAUUGUUCAAAUCCAUGCUGUCCACUUCUAAUCUAUCAGAAUCUUAUUAAGUGUGAUCAAAGUUGAGUUCCACUUUUAGGAAUGGCAACUCAAGCAGGUUUAAGUCAUUUGGCUGAAGUUUUGGACAAUGGAGGUGCAAUAUGUUUUUCACUCGGGCACAGGGACAACAUGCAUACACCCCGUGGGUGUGCAUGUAGUAUUUGGUACUGUGGUUGGUGCAGUGCUACCUAUCAGCUUGAAUUUCUCCACCAAGGACCCCCGCCGACCCUGCUGUCGCCGGGAGUUCUGUCCCGUAUGUAUGGAGCUCAUGAUCUCCAAUGGUUCGUUGGGUCUGUUGUGGAGAGUUCACAGGAGACCACUGCUUCAGUGAGGGAGGAGGUGGUCUUAAGGCGUUCUACACGGACUAUCUAUCUGAACAAGCGCUAUUUUAGUGGGGAAUUUGUUGUGAACUUUAACUUUGGUUGGCUGACUACUUCUUAAUGAUGUACUGUAAUGUUUACUUUCUGUGGGUUAGGCCUCCUAUGAAAAACUUUACUUAUCUAACGUUUGUUGUGAG